AUGGAGCAGGGCAAGAAGAGCAGCACAAUGGCGGCGGCCAUCCCGAUCCCCUCGAACUUCGGCAAUGUCAGCAAUCCCGUUCCGGCCGACUUCUUGGCCUCCCCGACGUCCUCGCCCUACACGUCGCCCUCGACCUCUCCCGUGGUUUCUUCUUCGUUCGGCUCCUUCACCGGCGCAUCUCCGUUCUCGAUGUCGCCUCCGCUUCUCUCGAAUCCGCCGGCCCACUUCGGCAAUGGUCUCGGGCUCGGAGUCGGUCAGGGGCUGGAGGGGAGCAAUCCUGCUCUCUGGUACCCCUGCGUCGUCUGUACCCAGCGCUUCCCGACGCCCCAGCCCCUGCUCGAGCACAUGGGCAUUUUCCACCAUCUGAUUAUCUCCGAUCUUCACCAAAUCGCCGAACUGCAUACGUACUUGGAGUAUUGGCACAAGAAGCUUUCCGUGGAGCCGCUGGCGCAGUAUGCGACGACCAUCAACACCCGCAUGACCGAAAAUGGCGUAGCCGACGCGCAGCCCUACUACCUGCUCUCCGACAUCCUGCCGGAGGACAAGCAACUGCGCACCAAGCUUCAGACCAACCGGCUGAACAAGAUGCUGGAGCUGCAGACCAAGGAGCGCUCUGAGAUCUUCAAGCGGAGGUGUCUGUUCUGCAACAAGAUGUGGUACAAGAGGGAUGACCUCUUCCAGCACAUGUUUGCCGAGCACCACUUCAACAUCGGACGACCGGACAACCUCGUCAACAUCCAGGAGCUGUUGGACAUCCUCCAGCAGAAGAUCGACGCCAUCAAGUGCAUCUACUGCGAGAAGACGUUCAAGAACCACGCUGUUCUCAAGAAGCACAUGAGGAAGAAGAAGCACUUCAAGAUCAACUCCAAGGACACCGCCUACGAUCGCUUCUACAUGAUCAACUACCUGGAGCCCGGCAAGGACUGGAAGGCCCUGGAGAAGGAGAAGGACGACGACGAAGACACCGCCUCCAUGGGCACCAUGACCUCCGCCUCGGAAAGCGAGGUCGAUGAAACCUGGGACGAUUGGGUGGAGGACGUGCCGAACGACACGGACUGCCUCUUCUGCGACCGCGUCCUCUCGUCGCCUCCGAUCUGUAUGGACCACAUGGCCAGCGAGCACGGCUUUGACUUCCGGGCUCUCAAGAAGGAGUGGUCGCUGGACUUCUAUGACAGCGUGAAGCUGGUCAACUACAUCCGUCGCCAGGUCGAGGAGAAGGCGUGCGUCAAGUGCGGCGAGAAGCAGGGAUCCAGCAAGGACCUCCUCGACCACAUGCAGAAGGAGAACCACUUUGCGCCCACCAGGGAUGCCGAGUUCUGGAAGAACCCACAGUACUUGAUUCCGGCCAAGGAGAACGAUGCGUUCCUGCAGGGUCUGGACGACGGCCUCGAGGACGAGGAUGAUGACGAAGACGAUGACGAGAUGUUCCAGCAGCAGCAGCACCGCCGGCGCUUCGGCGAGCAGAGCAUGGUGAACGACGUCAUGGGCAAGGGCAAGACGAAGGAGGAGGACGAGGAGAAGAAGCUCGACGCCGUCGUGCGCGACCUCAGCCAGCAGAAGCUCAAGGACGACGAAAGCAAGUUCCUCGACGCUGACGAGUAA